UGCGUUUGUUUCCGAAAAGUGAACGUUUCACGAGUCAACAGCAUCGUUUUUCGAGAAGUUCUAAGCGCUGUUUGCGACAUUUUUCUUUCAUUUAUUCGUUAUCCAAUGUUAUAAGUGAUGAAAUAACACGUUGUUAAGCGAUUAAUAUUGAAAUUAGUGUUCAUAGACGUUAAAAAAGUAAUCGACAGAUUACGAUAAGCUAAUAUGGGCGACGAAAGCCACCCGAAAACUCUCUACGUCGGUAAUUUGGACCCGAGUGUCACAGAAGUUUUCCUAUGUACGUUGUUUGGUCAAAUAGGCGAUGUAAAAGGUUGCAAGAUUAUACGGGAGCCAGGAAAUGACCCGUAUGCAUUUCUCGAGUUUACGUGUCACACGGCGGCGGCCACAGCGCUGGCCGCCAUGAACAAGCGAGUGGUCCUCGACAAGGAAAUGAAGGUUAAUUGGGCGACGAGUCCUGGUAACCAGCCGAAGACGGACACUAGUAAUCAUCAUCACAUAUUCGUGGGCGAUCUGUCUCCAGAAAUCGAAACAAACAUACUCCGAGAGGCCUUCGCUCCAUUUGGUGAGAUAUCGAACUGUCGCAUAGUACGCGAUCCUCAAACGCUCAAAUCCAAGGGUUAUGCUUUUGUAUCAUUUGUAAAGAAAGCAGAUGCCGAAGCUGCCAUCCAGGCAAUGAAUGGCCAGUGGCUGGGAUCAAGAUCCAUACGUACGAACUGGUCAACGCGCAAACCACCAGCGAAGGGUGUGAAUGAAGGCGCGCCCAGUAGUAAGAGAGCAAAACAGCCAACAUUUGACGAAGUUUAUAAUCAAAGCUCACCGACAAACACCACAGUUUACUGUGGCGGUUUCACAAGCAACAUUAUUACUGAAGAGUUAAUGCAGAACACAUUCUCACAAUUUGGUCAGAUACAGGACAUCAGAGUUUUCAGAGAUAAGGGCUAUGCAUUCAUUAGGUUUACUACAAAGGAAGCUGCAGCACAUGCCAUAGAAGCUACACACAAUACAGAAAUAAGCGGUCACACAGUCAAAUGUUUCUGGGGGAAAGAGAAUGGAGGUGCUGAAAACCAGGUUCGACACACGGCAGACUCGAACAGCACGGUCCCAGAUCAGAGCGGGAACAACUCGUCGGCGGCGCCUCCAGCGAUGGGCGGCCAGUCCCAAUAUCCUUACCCGUAUCAGCAAGGAAUGGGCUAUUGGUAUGCUCAGGGUUACCCUGCGUUACAGGGCUACAUGGCUCCCGGGUACUACCAGCAGUACGCGGCCGCGUACAGCAACCCCCAGGCCGCCGCGGCAGCGGGGUACCGCAUGGGAAUGGGCGGUAAUGGCGGCGGCGGCGCCGGGUGGGGCGGCCCCUCGCAGCCUCUCAUGUACGCGUCGGCCGCCAUGCCCUCCGCGCAGUACCCCUCCCAGUAGCAAGGCCGCACUCCCCCGCCCCCCGCACCACCGCCCCUCGUCGCCCCGCACACCGAGCCACCCCUCUGUCGGUCACAGAGGGACAGACUAUGACGACGCGCGGCGCCGCCGUGACGUCACACCGA